AUGACAUCGGUCUCGAAAUCGUUUGCAGAUGUUUUAGCACAUUUCAAGUCUAGAACAGGAGAACUAAAGGGACAAGAUGUAUUGGAUGUUGUGCUUGAGCAGGAUGUGGGGCUGGCAAACAAGUUAAUGCAGAUUUGUGCGGCCGAGUAUGAAGAUAACUCAAUCCCAGAGGAUGAAAAAGAGGAGUGGAGAGUAGAAAGAGAUACGUGGGAUUUGAUAUCUCGUUUAUACGCAGAACGAACAAUCACAGACGAUGUCUCUUCUGCUCUCCCUACGCCACACCAAUUAGUCCAGUCUAACCCAUACACACCGACUUCUCUUUUGGCCAAGCGAACAAUCCAACAGCAUCCCCUUCUUCGCGAACUCUUUCUCGUCAGGGAAUGGCUCCAUGAUACUGCCCCCAGACAGUCUCAGCUUCCUACCUCAUCAUCUUAUCGAGCGCUUACCCGUCACAGGGUUCUACACGCUAAGAGAGGAGGCGGAGGAUCAUUUGUUUCCACACUCGACCCAGAUGCACAAGGCGCUUUAGAUCCAGACGACGCAGCCUCCGAAAAGGCUCUCGCCAGGGCCUUGCUUGGUUUAUUUAGGGCUGGCAAAUUUGAGGAUGCCAAAGCCUUGUGCAGAGCUGCAGGACACGAUUGGCAAGCUGCCGAGAUCGGAGGCAUUACUGCAUUCAAGUGGGAUUCUAUUCUGGAAAAGGAAGAAGCAGAGGACGGGAUGGAUGUUGUUCAGAGUACAGAAUGGGUAGGGAAUAGAAGACGAAAGCUUUGGUCUGAUGUAUGUCAGAGAACGGCGAUGAACCCCAAGCUAUCCCCUGAAGCACGUGCUAUAUCAGCAGCACUCUCUCCAGCUCGCCGAACCCUUCCUGCUCUCCUUCCGCAAUGUAGAACUUGGGCUGACCACGCAUGGGCUCAUACUAGUGCGCUGAUCGAAGAACGCGUAGGGAAUGUGAUCGAGAGUACGGGUAGCUGGUGGCAAGUCGAAGACGAAGGCAUCGAGAUUGAUCACACGGCCGACUUGGAAGAGUCGACUCGAGUAUGGGAACAAGAUGUCAAGUCCGUGAUUUCGGGCUUAAAACAUGCGUCAGUAGAAAAGGGCGCUGGGGCCGAUCACCCAUUGCACUGGACUCAGGUGUACUGUAUUCUUGGAGACAUGUCGGAAGUUCUUUCACUCGUUGCGGAACGCUUGAGUGGCGGCCUAGACACAAUGCGUAAAGGCUGGAUUCGGUUCUUUGCACACCUUUGCCUAUUUUUGACUAUUAUUCAACAACCCGUACCUGUCACUGCGAGCGCAGUCAUUCUUGAGGGGUAUAUUCGAGUUCUCGAGGCUGAAGACCAGCGAGACCUCGUUGCACUUUACGUCUCGGCACUAGGAGACAACGCUGUCGAUCGUUAUGCCGCUUACUUGGCGAGCUUACCGGACGACCUACCAUACGACCAGCGCGCAGACGCACUCAAACUUGCCAGGCAGCAUAACUUGGUGGUUGAGCGGGUGGCAGUUGCUACGGCUGAUUUGAUUGCUAAAAAAGCUAUCAAGGAGCUGCCUCCAUUGAGGGGCCCACUGCCUACUCCGGCGGAUAUGAACGAUGAAGCAACACCGAUCGAGUUGAGACUGGUCAAAUCAGUCGAAUGGUUGUUAUUUAACCAAGAGACAUGGGAGACGGCAAUCUAUCAAAGUAACGCAGUUCUGAGGUACAUGCUUGGUAUGGGUCGCAUGCACGCAGCUAGACUACUCGUCUCUUCCCUCCCAGAUGCCCUGACUGGCUCAUCUGCCAACGGCGAACUCCUCGGCUACGCGCGCUUCUUCUCGGUCUGGGACGCACCAUCCGUCCUCGAGUCCAUCGUUGCUCAAAACCCAGGUGAAAAUGGCACAAAGGUCGAACAGAGAGAGUGGGAGCAGCAGUACAAGUCCGUCUUGGAUGAUUAUUACGAGAUGGCGAUUGAGUUAUUGAGGGUUUAUUGGUUAGGCUUGGAGUAUAGUGAUUCAAACGAAAGAAAGAGGGAAAAGGUCGAGCAAAUGAGAAUUAGGCAGAUUUAUGUUCCCGAGAUUGUGCUUGCUCUGCAUAGAGAAUUAUACAAUUCUCGAGACAUCUUCCCAGCGAACCUCCGAAAAGUCCUCCAGUUACCAAACAUAAUCGCCGACUCGCGUUAUAGUAUUUUCCGAGACUUUGUAAGCCCUGAUGGGAACCGGAUGCCGGAGUACCUUGCGGGUGUGCGUGAGGCAGGGAUCGCCGUAUUGGGUGCCGGGGUAUCAGAUCCCGUGCAAGCUGUUUCUUUGAAAAGUUAUACCAAGGCAAAUGUAAGCGCUCAACACCUGUUGACUCUUCCCUUAGAAGAGGAAUUGGGGCGAAUGGGUGCGUCAGAGAACAUCCACGUAGCUGUGAGCGCUAUGCGCAUGCUUUUCCAGGCCAAAAAUACGUCAUUUGAGUUGGAGGUAAAAUGUCAAGCGUUAUCAACGGAUCGAGAGCUUUUGUCAACUCGCGUUACCGACCUCGAAGCUCGACUAAGGCAGCUACAAGGAGCGCUAACUAUCAACACCCAGAACCAUUCACAACCGGAAAUCGGCCAAGCCGAGCCGUACGGAUCCCCCGAACUAUCAUACCCGUCUAUUCCAUCCGAAGAUGACGAUCCCCGAACCUUGAGGACAAAGCCAACUAACAGAGAAGGAUAUAGAAGCCAGGAUGAAGUAAGAAAUCGCUUUGGCCCAACUUCAGCUAGAAGUAUACGUGAAUCCGCUCAUACUACGACUUUGAAUAGUGAUAUUAACUCGAGCCAUACAAGCGGAUUGCUAUCGUCACCCAACUGCGCUCAAGAAAAGCUGGCCUUACAUAGGCGUGUCCGGGGGGCGUGCCCACGGCAGUGGUAUUGCGCAGUUACCAGGCCAAGUGUUCAAACGAGCUAUCUAUCGAUGUCGGAGAGCGCAUCAAGUUUCUUCCUGGCACAAACCUUCAUUCGCACCAUGGCUGGAUUUGGUGCACGAAACUAG